AAGAAAGCCGGAUGGUAUAUUUCAAAAGUUAAGAACACGGUCACAUUUUGAUCUCUUUGUUCGCUUUGAAAAAUUGUGUAUUCAAACAUGAUUAUAUUGCAGAUUUAAUUCGGUUUGAUUACAUUUAAAAACUGGGCAAGCUCAAUCAUACAAAAAUAAAACUUUAAAAAUACAACAGAACACAUAUUUGAAAUGGAUAGCUCCGCUCUAACUUACAAUGUACCAUUUUCGGCGAAUCAACGAGGGCAAUAAAACCAUCAUAAUAGUCUAAAGAAAUGCAUGAUUUGACCAACUUAAAAGAAGCGUCUUUGCAUUAGAAACUUUAGAUAUAGGUGAAGCAGCAAAACAAAAAAAAAAAUAUUAUAUAAACCAAACACAUGAAAAUUAAAUUCUGGUAAUGCUGAAUAAAAACCACGGUAUGGCAAAAAUUAAAUUUAACACAUACAUCUAUAGAGAUAAAAUAUAAAAAUAACAAAUUAUUUAGCCUGAAACGAAAUACCUAAAUAAUAAGAUAAAAUGUUUUGAUUUCGUUUGUAUUGAAAAAUAUAGAACUAGUAAAAUAUAAUCGUUAAUAUACAUAAACUUAUGCCCUUCUAUGUAAGAUUUUAGGGCUAAUAAAUUUGACAGAAAACUAAAGCCACUACCAACUACUGCAACUUUAUAAGAGAAAAACUCUGAGUAUAGAAUUAAUUUUACGUAGCUUAUGCCAAGACCUAAAAUACAUCUAAUUACUGUGAGUCCAGCCAAAAUAAGAGAACGAAAAAAUGUAUUAUUUUAUAAAAUAGACUCAAUACAACUUUUGAGUGAAUUUUCAUUUUAAGUUAAUACAUUUAAAACUUAAAUAAUAAUAAACAUAGUCGAAGCAUUAUGGUUGGUUCUCAGCAAAAAAAUAAUCAUACCGAAUUAUCCAAAAGCAAAACAAGCACAUAUACGUGUGAAAGUAGUUCAAACACAACACCAUUGGAAAACAUACAAAUCUCAAAAGCACUUCCACCUCCAAUAUCACUACCUCAUCAAAAAAAUUCGAUGAUUACCCAAAAUUCUACCCAGACUGGUAUCACUCAAACUAAUUCUCAUACUUCAAGUCAUCCCGCAUGUCGGGGAAGUGAUUUACAAUAUUUCAGUAGUAGCUAUGGAUCAUCGGCAAUGCUUCAUGAUAGCAAAGACGAGUUGCAACCACAGCUAACAAAAAGGUUUCCCAAUUUUACCGAAAAUGACAAAAAACUACACACUUCUGAUGGUUGUGAGCUUUCUGGGUCUUUUCAAGCAAUAUCUCUGCCGAAUGUAACGACACUUUCAAAUAAAACCGACGUUCCCGGCAUACAUUUAGGUGCUAUUUCAAGUAAUUGUAAAUCAAAAUCGGAAACUGAAUGUGAAUCGCUAGUUUUAUUGAAAGAAACCCCAGUAAUGGAAAACGUUAACUUCUCAUUUCAUGAGCAAAUUAUAAUGUCUGGACAACAAAAAAGCGAGUUACAGGAAAAACCAAAAGUACUCGUCGUUUCCCCACAACAAGUAAUGAUUUUAUACAUGCAUAAGCUGACUCCGUACGAACGUACGGAAAUACUCAGUUACCCACAAAUAUAUUUUAUUGGUGCCAAUGCAAAGAAGCGCCCUGGAGUUUACGGCCCAAAUAAUUCUGACUAUGAUAAUGAGCAAGGUGCUUAUAUUCAUGUACCGCAUGAUCACGUUGCAUAUCGUUAUGAAAUGCUUAAGAUAAUUGGAAAAGGCAGUUUUGGACAGGUUAUUAAAGCGUAUGAUCACAAGACUCACGAGCAUGUUGCCUUAAAAAUAGUACGCAACGAAAAGCGUUUUCAUCGUCAGGCACAAGAAGAAAUUCGCAUACUUCAUCAUUUACGUCGGCAUGAUAAAUAUAAUACUAUGAACAUUAUACACAUGUUUGAUUACUUUACAUUUCGUAAUCAUACUUGCAUUACGUUUGAGCUGCUUAGCAUUAAUCUUUACGAACUGAUUAAGAAAAAUGGAUUCAAGGGCUUCAGUUUGCAGUUAGUACGAAAGUUUGCACACUCACUUCUUCAAUGUUUGGAUGCACUGUAUAAAAAUGACAUUAUUCAUUGCGAUAUGAAACCAGAAAAUGUGUUAUUAAAACAACAGGGUCGUUCUGGUAUAAAGGUUAUUGACUUUGGUUCAUCCUGUUUUGAGAAUCAGCGUAUAUACACAUAUAUACAAUCCCGCUUUUAUCGCGCUCCAGAGGUAAUUUUAGGCGCGAAAUAUGGCAGAGCUAUCGACAUGUGGUCUUUGGGUUGUAUUCUAGCAGAGCUGCUAUCAGGACAUGCAUUGUUUCCUGGGGAAAAUGAAAGCGACCAAUUGGCUUGCAUUAUUGAAGUCUUGGGAAUGCCAAACAAAAAUAUAUUAGCCAGCUCAAAGAGGUCAAAAUCGUUCUUCAGUCCUAAAGGGUAUCCCCGUUAUUGCACUGUUCGAACCAUGUCUGACGGAAUGGUGGUCCUAAUUGGUGGACAGUCACGUCGAGGUAAACCACGUGGCCCGCCAUGCUCAAAGAGUUUAUCCAAAGCGCUGGAUGGAUGCAAGGAUCCCUUAUUUCUUAAUUUCAUACGUGGCUGCUUAGAAUGGGAUGCAGACAAACGAUUAACACCAUCCGAGGCUUUAAAGCAUCCAUGGCUUCGCCGUCGCUUACCGAGACCGCCCAGUAGCGCAAGUGGCUGUGGCGGGGCGAGUGGUGUAAGUUUCAGUGGUAACCAAUCCCCAAUAACAGGACAAAAUAAGAAUUUGACGACCGAAUUAACUUCAGCAUCAACGUCUGCUACAUCUAUAUCUUUAACUAUCAAAAGGGAUAACAGCCAUUCCAGUCUUCGUGUAAAAUAUGGUGGUGUGUCAGAAACAGACUUUAAACUUGACAAAUGCGUUCCGGAGAGAUCUUUAGGCUCAACAAGACCACCUUUAAUAAACACUGAUAUUUUAAUAGACACCUUUAAAAAAACUACAGUUGCGUCACCCCGUUUACCAUCAACGCAUUCUGCUGGCUCCGGCGGAAUAAAUAGUCAAAGCACUGAGGACGUCGAGGCAUCUAAUUAUUAUCCAUCUUCACUUUCAUAUUUACCAAAUAUGAAUAAAAAUGAAAAUAAGCCUUUAUUAAAGUUCUCCGGCUCUUUAAACAGCUCUGCAAGCUCCUUAACACAAUUGGAACAAGUCACAAACUUAGAUGUAUUGGGAGAAUACUCUUCUUCUACCACACCAAAUUUACCUGCGGCAGAUACCGGCUAUGCUUUUGAUUCGGGUUCGAUGGCCAUAGAUAUUGCACAAGAAUCCUUGGUUACUCUAGCUAGCUCGUAUGCAAUGGAGAAGUCGAUCGACAUUAUUGGGAAAACGAAUUUGUCUCUUCAUUCUAAUAAGAUAAAAGUGCAGUCGAAUGAUUUGUAGCUAAUUUUUGACAAUAUGCAAUACGCCAUUUAAGAGAUUACAAGCAGUACUUCAUGUUGUUAUCUUAUUUAUUGACAACUCACUGCCAUACAAGUGAUAACUAAAUAUGUCUUGGUCCUGAUUUGCAUUGCUCUAGUAUUGGCAUGAAAUCAUGAAUAGACAACAGAGAUCUCACAAAGUAAAAUUAAAAUUGAUGCAUUUUAAUUAAAAAAAUAUACCCGUUAUUUGAGUAAAGCUUAAUGGAAAUGUUAGAAAAUUUUGUUUAAUGUUGCAAACUAACUUUAUUUUAUAUAAAUGUAAACCCCAAUACAAGAUUGUAUUCACAUAUUGUAUUUUUAUAUCACUGUGCGGUACCCGUAGUAGCGAAGGCGACUACUAUAAUUUAUGAACUAUUUAAAUUUUUUCAACCAAACUUUUUUAUUACUGAACGCGUCGAACGACACCCAAUUUGUUAAAAUUAAAUGCCCUGUUCAAAAGUUAUUCAAAACAAGAUUUUGCUUGACUUUCUAAAAUUAAAGUAUUUGUUUAUAGGUCUUGGAUUUGAUUUUAGGGUCUUGGAGAUGGAAAAUUUUAUAAGACCUUUGUACCAGUAACAUAUAAAAGUUCUGAAAGAAACUGUGUUUAGUAAAACUUAUUGUGCUUUUGCGUGCUCUCGUUUUAGGAGAAUAAAA